AUGAAACUGCCAGAAAUAUCAGCUGCGUUGCUGUUGGUGUUGAUACCUACGGUGUAUCUUCUUAGCCGACGGGUACUGGAUUCUAAACGCAAGGAGAAGGGAAAAUCGUUUCAUCUGCCCACUCCGGAGGAGGCACUUCCUCAUUGGAAGGGCAAACGGAUCUCGCCAGUGUCGGUGUUUGAUUCGACCGAUCCCGCCAAUAUCCAGUGCUACUGUCCUGCUACAGGCCAGUCUUUAGGCAAAUUUCCUGCUCAUACUCGAGAUGAUAUGAAUGUUAUCAUUGAUAAAGCGCAUAAAGCGCAGAAAAACUGGAAAUCGUCGACUUUCAGCCAACGUCGUACCGUACUUAAUACUAUAUCCAAGUAUAUCAAUGACCACCAGGAACAGGUGGCUCGCAUCGCUUGUCGUGAUACAGGAAAAACUAUGUUAGAUGCCUCGUUAGGCGAAAUUCUCGUCACUUUGGAAAAACUCAAUUGGAUAGUCGCUCAUGGUGAACAGUCUUUAGCUGUAUCCAAACGUCCAGGACCUACUAAUAUCCUCAUGUCAUAUAAAGGGGCAGAAAUCAGAUAUGAACCUCUUGGAGUCGUGGCAGCAAUGGUGUCGUGGAACUAUCCUUUGCAUAAUUUAAUGGGUCCUAUAGCAGCUGCUCUGUUUACUGGAAAUGCCAUUGUCGUCAAAUGCUCGGAAUCUGUAGUAUGGUCAUCGCUGCAUUUUCUCGAGAUUGCCAAAGAAGCGUUACGAAUUAACGGAUUUGAUGAAGACCUUGUCCAGCUCAUUGCAUGCUGGCCUCAAGACGCCGAUUUUCUGACGUCGCAUCCUGGACUCAAUCACAUUACAUUCAUUGGCUCGCGACCGGUGGCUCACCAGGUAGCAACAGCGGCUGCUGUGUCUUUGACACCAGUGGUGUGUGAAUUGGGUGGUAAAGACCCAUUAAUUGUGCUGGAUGAUGUGACGGACCGCACUUUAGAAGGAAUUGCUUCAAUUAUUUUGCGAGGAACGUUCCAAAGCUCGGGUCAGAAUUGUAUAGGUGUGGAGAGGGUCAUCGCUCUACCCAAUAGUUAUAACAAACUGAUUCCCAUUCUUGAAAAAACCAUCUCGCAAAUUCGACUGGGCUCGUCAAUUGACCAACAAGAAGUCAUUGAUAUGGGAGCCACCAUCAACGGCACCAGAUUCGAUAUGUUAGAAUCAUUAGUACAGCGAGCAGUAGCGCAAGGAGCCAAAUUGGUUCAUGGAGGAUCCAGAUACAGUCAUCCAAAAUACCCACAAGGACACUAUUUCACGCCCACGUUUCUGAUAGAUGUGACUCAAGAUAUGGACAUUGCUCAAGAAGAGGUAUUUGGACCCAUCCUGCUGCUAUUCAAAGCCGAUAAUCUCGACCAUGCCGUCGACCUCGCCAACUCGACUGAAUACGGGCUGGGAGCGUCUGUAUUUGGCUCAUCCAAACAGACUCUGAGCGAUAUCGCCGACCGGCUCGAGUGUGGCAACGUCGCACUUAACGACUUUGCGACCUAUGCUCUUUGCCAGCUGCCGUUUGGCGGAAUCAAAGGCAGUGGCUACGGGAAAUUCGGCGGCACCGAGGGACUCCGAGGUCUGUGUGUGGAAAAAAGCAUCUGCUACGACCGGUUCCCACUCGUCAAAACCACGAUUCCACGACCUCUGGACUAUCCAAUUCCGGACGCGACGAAAGCCUGGGAAAUGGUCAAAGCCAUCAACCAGGUCGGAUAUGGCCAGGGGAUCUGGGGACGGUUGAGGGCGCUUCAGAGGCUGGCUCGCAGUGGGUAG